AUCUUUCCUUUUUUCGUACCCUCUUUGAGCUGCGUGUGAAAGUCACCGAGAGCUGGGGAGGGGACCGCCUGGGUUUCCUCUGCCCGGAGCCUGGUUUUAGAGUAAGGCAGCACUGAGUGAUCCGCCGUUCCCGCCGAGGGAAGAGGAACGGCAUCAACAGAAACCAGCGUUAGGACUGGAGCUGCGAGAGCAGGGAGCAAGGGGAGAGAACGAGCUCUUGGGAAGGGAGGGCCAGGCCUCGACCCCCCUCACUGGGCCGGCAAGUCGCCUCCUUAACCAGCGUAAUACCGAGCCGCUCCUCUCCUGUCCUUGGGAAUAGCGGAGAAGCUGGAGGUCGGUUUGUGCUCCGGACAGCCUGCCACAGCGUGGGGCUUUCUGCGGUGGUGGCGUGAUCUCGGAUGGCCAAGGUCCUCUCGGACGUGUGCUGUAAUCUUGGCUGGCUGGAAGGGAGGUGUAAACAAAAUGUACUGCAGGUUUGUUGGGGGGGGGAGAUUUUUUUCCCUCAUCUUUGAAGCUUGCAAAUACCAUUCAGGUGCUUUGCAUGUCCCAUAUCCUGAUUGUUCCUAACCUUUCCUUUCUCUUCUGUGCGAAGGCAGCAUCUUAGUGCUGCCCGAGCUGGGACUCCUGCCUGUGGAAGUAGGUGUUGUACGUGUGAUAUCAUCUUCCAGCAAUGUUAGGGAUGCUUUUGGUCUCGGUGCCUUUUUUUUUUUUUUCCUAGAGCUAAGUGUUUCUUUUAGCUCAGUUGCAGUCAAAGACCAUAAUUAAAUGGACUGCAUCUGCUUGAAGUCUUAGCUACUCAUUUUGCUAAUGCCCUCAGACAGAUGCUGAAUCGUCUGAGAGACGGUUGCUGCUGUGUUGAGCUCCCCAGUUCUCAGGAAUGAUGACUCUGCAGGAAGAGGAAGUUGUUUGUAGGACAAGUGCUGCCUCCAUACCAAAUAAACCACGUUAAAAGCCUCUUCACCCUGCUCAAAUGACAAUUUCUUCUGGAAAACGGUCGGGUUUUGCUUCUUGAUGCACGUGGCCAAGCUCAGGGAAUGUUUGGGGUUUUUUCCCUGCGGUUUUGCCGUUCUGUUUCACCCCAUCCUCUUCUCCGUGCCGGGCCCUGCAGCCACGGCCUGACCCCCACUCGAGAAACACGUCCUUGUCCAGCGGGAGGGACGGUGCCUGGCUGCAGUCUCGGGCCAGCACGGAUAUGAGUGCGGUCACAGCAAUCAGGCAGAUCCUACAGAAAAAUAAGUAGGAGCAGAGUUGUACCGUGCUGAGGAUGCUGCCAGUCCUCUGGGGAGCUGUGCGGAGGGCGACGCUCGUGCUUCUUUGUGGCUUGUUUGUUUUAAAGGACAUUUUUCUCCAUCUCCAGUGUAAGGAAAUCAUUGCGUGCAAGGACUUCUCUGGGACUGAUUUCCUGCUGGAAAUAGCUGCAGACUCAGCACCUGCUGUGCACAUUGCUCGUUACUUGGAGGCCAGUCCUGCCGUUGCUCCGGACGUGGCACCGCGACGGGGUGGGCGCAGCUCCCUGGUGCUUCCGCCCCGCCGGGUCGCCUCGGUGUUUUGCUGCAGGAUGUGGUGAGGCUGUGACACAGCUCUCGGUAACCAAAGCUGCUGCCUCGUGCUCAGAUGUCCCUCCAUGUCAUUCGCUACUUCCUCUAACCAUGUGAUCAGGACCAGAUGAGCAGAGGGAGGUUUCUGUGAAGAUCAGAGUCGCCUCAGCCCUGCCCCGGGAAGUGGCCCAGCAGCGCUGUGUCUCCGGCUGUCAUCGCUACGGACCUGGAAAAGAAAGAAGAAGAGAAGAAAAAUGUCCCAUGCUUUAAAGCAAGUGUUCAAUAAAGACAAAACCUUCCGACCCAAGCGCAAGUUUGAGCCGGGGACUCAGCGGUUUGAGCUGCACAAGAAGGCUCAAGCCUCGCUCAACGCCGGUCUGGACUUGAAAGUUGCCGUCCAGCUGCCGCCGGGAGAGGAGCAGAAUGACUGGGUGGCUGUGCACGUGGUGGACUUCUUCAACCGCAUCAAUCUGAUCUACGGCACCAUCAGUGACUAUUGCACUGAGCAGUCCUGCCCUGUCAUGUCGGGGGGACCCAAGUAUGAGUACCGAUGGCAGGAUGAGCACAAGUACCGAAAACCCACGGCCCUGUCUGCUCCCCAGUACAUGAACCUCCUGAUGGACUGGAUUGAGGUACAGAUCAACAACGAGGACAUCUUUCCCACUAAUGUUGGUACUCCCUUCCCCAAGAACUUCCUCCCGGUGGUGAAGAAGAUUCUCUCCAGGCUCUUCCGGGUCUUUGUCCAUGUCUACAUCCACCAUUUCGACAGGAUCACCCAGAUGGGGUCGGAAGCCCACGUGAACACCUGCUACAAGCACUUUUACUACUUUGUGAAAGAGUUCAAUCUCAUAGACACCAAGGAGCUGGAACCACUGAAGGAAAUGACCUCCCGGAUGUGCCACUGAGAUCAGACCUUCCUGCUCCCACCUUGGCGGCUCUUCCGAGGACUCCGAGACCCACUCCUGCAUCGGAGACGUGAUUCAAGGGGAGAACAGAGACGUUUUGUUAAAGAAAUCUAUAUAUUUUUAAUGAGUUUCAAUGUAAAACUGUGAUAUUGCAGGAAUAUUUUUUUAAAGAUGCUCUAGAUAAACUAGUUUUUUAUAGUAAUUUCUAUAAAAAAAAAAAAGAAAAUAUUUUGGGACAGUUGGUGGAAAUGCUCGCUCUUUGAGGAGGGAAGAGCCACCCUGUACUGCCUCUUCCCCUCCCCUCACUGCAGCGGCACCAAGCCAGCCGAGCCAGAUGCUUCAGAUAGAGCCAUGUUGUGUAGCUGGUGCUGCCAUGGAAGCGGUACUUCCCUCCGGACACCCAUUUCCCACCCGUGAAAGGAGAUUGCGUGGGGACUGGGGAAGAAACGCUGCUUUGCGUGGAUCCCCCGGGGUGCUGUUUGGUUCCAGCACCUCUUCCGCUGGCUGUGAGUCCGGUUUUUGGACAGAGCUGCUUUUGUGCUCACCCUCCACUUGGCAUCCUGUCCCCGAGGCUUGGCCCUCCUUGCGUUCCCUCUGACAGAAGUUGGACUUGGGUUCUUUGACAGCUACACCGGUGCAGCCAUUGCUGACGGAGUCUGUGCCAGAGCGCUGCGGUUGUGAAUCGGCCCUUGCCUCUUUACCAGCUCUGAGCUGAGUUCCUCCCCGCGCGCAGCCCAGCCGGGUGCGCUGUCCCCACGGGGGACGGGGAUUCGCACCAGCAGCGUUAGGCCAGGCAGACCUCUGCUUCAUGGGAACGAGCAGAGGGAAGGCACUGGGAUAGACGUGGGGAAGUCUUCUCAAACACCUGUACUUCCCUGUCUCUCUGUGGUACGCUGACCCUGCCGAGAAGGAACCAGGCUGCUUGCCCUCGGGCCUCGCUGGCUGCGUGUGGACUGUUUUCUGCUUCCCAUUAGGGUACGGAGCCUUCUCCCUCUUCCCGAGCAGCACGUCCCGCUCAGCUGCGCACACUCGUAACCAGUCUGGUGUGCAGCCAGAGACCGCUAGCCUUGCCCGCUGCUUGCACGAGCGACUCUGCUGCGUGCCGAGAGCUUUGCGAUGCUCCCGAGGUAGGUAGGUAGGUCUACCUAGGAUUUGGGGGGAGUGGGGGAGCAGGGUUUACAAUAAGAGAAAAGAUUUCUAUGAACAGUGACCAAACUGUACCACUAACCACUUCUUCCUUACAAAGUUUUUCUGUGUCCUGGAAUCUGUGUACAUACGUGACUCUCGUUUCUUGUACUAUCAUUAGGACACUCGUACAAAUACCACUAUAGUUCUUUGAAAUGGAACCAAUAAAUUAUGUUGUAUUUACAUAGCA